CAGACGGACAUAUCCAUGAUAGCUCAGCACACUCUAAUUAAAAACGUUUCUUAUCUUUACUAUUUCACAAACAACUUGUCUUGAUAUUUUAUUUACUUCAAAAAUAUUCUCAUACGUCGUAAGCUCAGUUACUAAAGAAUCUUUAAAUUGAAGAGAUGUCAGAGCAUAUUGAAUUUGUUAAAGUCUUAAAAGAACCCGAAAAUCCAUCAGAUCACUUUCAAUGGAUGAACAGGGUGUCAGCCUUAAAAGUAAAGGGUGAAAAGUGGAAAAAUUUCCCUCCCGUGUCCAUGUUUCAUGGUAAAAAUCGUGACAAAAAAGAUUUUUGGCUUUGGGAUAAGGCAAAGAACUUCAAAGUAUAUCCUGAUGAUAUAUUCUUAUGCGGAUAUAUGAGAAGUGGAAAUACAAUGAUGCAGGAGAUGAUUUGGCUUAUUGUGAAUGACUUUGACUUUGUCAAGGCUAAAAGUAUCAUUCGUGGUAAAAGAUUUCCAUACUUUGAUGUCUAUGACGUUACACAAAAAAUGCGUGAUGGUGAAAAUUACGAAAGAAUGGAAGAUAUGGCACGUCCUCGAUGCUUCAAAUCACAUUUUCCAACUCAACUUUUACCUGAUGAUAUUUGGCAACAAAAGCCUAAAAUCAUUCACAUGUCAAGGAAUGUUAAGGAUGUUGCUGUCUCAACGUAUUAUUUUCUAAAAGAUGUAGCCAAUAUAAAAGGAACACUCGACGAGUUUUAUGAGGAUUUCUUGAACGACAAAGUCUUAUUUACUCCAUAUCGAGAACAUUAUUUGAACUACAUCAAUUUACCAGAUUAUCCCAAUAUAAUGUACUUGACAUAUGAGUGGGUGACACAGAACAUGGACGAAACGAUUCAUAAAGUUACUAAAUUUUUGGGCAAGGAGAUUUCAGACGAGAACUUUAAAUUGUUGAAGGAGCACAUGAGUUUUGAAUCGAUGAAAAACAAUGCAGCAUGCAACAAUGAGAAAUAUAUCCAAGAAUGUAACAAACGUGCAGGUGGAACUGGAGAAAUCCAAGGUCAAAUAAGAAAAGGAAAAAUUGGUGGACAUAAAAGUGAAAUGUCUAACGAAAUGGCUGAGAGGUUUGACAAGUGGAUGGAGGAGGGACUUAAAUUGAAUCAAGGAUUCCUUUAUAAAUCUUGAACUCUAAUGAAGAAUUUUUCGUGGAAUAUUUAAAAAUAAAUCUGGAGUGUUGCUGUGUAAAUUGAAAAUAAUCAAAAAUAAAGUUGAAAUGUUAAUUAAGUGAUAUUGAGGAUGUGAUGUAAGCAUAGGCGAAGGUUUAAUAAUUUGAAGAAUUUAAAUGCAAUUUAGAGAAAAUGAAUGCAUAAUAUUUUAGUAUUUAAAAUUUAAACUAUUUCAGAAAUUCAUAAAAUAAAUGAUAAAUGUUUAAAAAAAUAAGUGCAUAAAUUUUUAUAAUUUUCAAACAUGUCCAUUAAUAAUACCCCUAAAAUCAUAGAUAAUAGGAAUUUAUGAAAUGUCAUUUUCAGCAUUUCCGGAAAACAAUAAAUUUAAAUAAGAUAAUUAUCA